UAGCGUUCCAGUGCGUAACGUGACGACAAGCAAUACGCGCGCUCUGCAAGAACAAGAUAUUGUCGAUGCGAACGCGGACGAACGACAACGACCGCCAGCGCGCACCUAAUUCAAUUAGAAACCGUAUUAUCGCGUUAGUUUCCUCGGUGUCAUCGGUGACGUCGCUCGAGGCGCUCGUUGCUGCGAGUAAAACUUCAUCGCGCGCGAUUUGCACGCAAUUUUUGUGCAUCCACCAGCGCGCGAACAUGUGAUUUCUGCAGCGGUGUGCGAAAACUCACCGGUACGUUUUGUUGACGUAUUUUUUCCGAAGAGAUCUAAUGCCACUCGUAAAUACAACGCACUUUUGGCUAAAAGUUGCGCACCAUGGACUUGGUGCAGAGUAUUCUGCUGCACACCAUGUGGGUCGUGCACUUGUUCUUCCAGAGGCUACUUUCUAAUCGAAGUGAUAAUUUACCAAAGUCCCGGAAGCAACCGACCACAAAUUCUCUUACACCUCGAAAAAUCCCCACAAUAAAAAUCCUGCCAAAUGUAAUGAAGGAUAUCAUAGAGUUCGAAUCGAAUGCGCACCGACGUACCAGCCGGAUGCGCAAGAGUCAGACGAUAAGUCACUUCCUCUUCGAUGAAAAGAAGAGCGGUUUAGUGGAUAUGAGCGACGUGGUCAGUCCGGUGGAAGAAGAAAUGUUGCGAUGGCUCUGCGCCAAGGGCGUGGAAACUAAACGCAAUCAAAGACACAGCGGACGGUUGACUAAAUCAUGUAGUGAAAUGUGUAUCCCACGCGAUAUUUUUACCAACGUCUGGCUCAACUCGUAUCUGACACAUUCUAGUCCAGCGUAAUUUGUACAUAAGUUAGGUAUAAGUUGCAACCGAAUCGACAUGAUAUGAAUGACUGCAUAAAGUGCCAUUUGUAUUUAUAUAGAUCAGAAUUGACCAAAUAUACAUAUUUUAUAUGGAAUACAUAAA